UAUUAGUUAGUAUAUAUACGCAUUCGCUUUGCUGAAGCCUUUCGCUGGUGGUCUGUAAUUAGAAAACUCGUUGUAAAAUCAUUACCUUAGUUACAACGUUGCCUUGUCACUGACAGCGAGUACCUAUUCAAAAUUGAUGAAGCGUUUCGCCGCGAAUUUGCGGUCGUAUUAAUACAAUAAUCACAAUCACUGCAGUAUUUCACGGCGCGCCAUUUACUGGCAACGUGAAUUAUGGCGUUAAGAUUUACAAUUUUCCUUUUAACGAUAGCGACUGCGAAUUGUAGAAUCAUUGAUCAUAUACAUCAGCCUUUGGGCAAACAGUUGUUCCUGAGUAGACGGGUAGUGACGGACUCGAGUGAAUUCGAUGGAGGGGUGUUGGUGAACGACAAAGGAAAAAUAGAAGCAGUACUGAAAAGGGAUGUCGUUAACUCUAUUCUAACUCAGCAACUUGACAAUUUAAAGGUGAUCGAUGGUGGGAACUUAGCCUUGAUGGCAGGGGUGGUGGACAGCCACGUCCACGUGAAUGAGCCUGGAAGGUCCUCAUGGGAAGGUUACGUCACCGCUACGCAAGCUGCUGCAGCGGGCGGAGUUACAACUAUCAUCGAUAUGCCACUAAACUCUAUACCACCAACAAUAACUCUACAAAACUUAAAAACAAAGGCAGCUUCUGCUAAAGAGGAAAUUUUUGUUGAUGUCGGAUUCUGGGGUGGAGUUGUACCUGGGAAUCAGAGGGAUCUAACCGACCUCAUAAAAGCUGGGGUGGUAGGAUUUAAAUGUUUUCUAACAGACAGUGGUAUUUCGGAAUUCCCGAUGGUCACAAGAAAUGAUUUGGCUGAAGCAUUCGCGGUGUUGAAUGGAAGCGGUACUGUUUUAGCGUUUCAUGCUGAGUUAUCACAGAAUGAUAAAAGUACUGCAUGUUCUGGCCCAGGUUGUCCAGAUCCUAUAUUAUACGACACUUACCUUGCCUCUCGUCCGGAUGAAAUGGAAAUAAAUGCAGUAUCCUUUGUGGCAUCAUUUUUACCACAAACUGACGUGCACGUUCACAUAGUACAUGUGUCGGCUGAAGGUGUAAUCCCGAUCUUAGAACAAGCGAGAAACGAACGAAUCAAGGCUGGAUACAAAGGAUGGCGGGGCGGAGUGACCGCGGAGACUUGUAACCACUACCUGAGUCUCAGCUCUGAAAUGAUCCCGCCCGGACAUUCCGAGUAUAAAUGCUCGCCCCCAGUCAGAAACAUCACCAACAAGAUGAAGCUAUGGGAAUACAUAAAUGACAAACGAUUGGAUCUUGUGGCAUCCGAUCAUUCACCCAGUGUGGCAGAGUUAAAAGGAUCUAACUUUAUGACCGCUUGGGGUGGCAUUUCGUCGGUACAGUUUGACUUGCCUUUGUUCUGGACGGAGGCUAAGGCACGUGGCCACAGUCUGAGUAUGGCCAGCCAUUACCUGUCAGCUGGCCCCGCCCGACUAGCUGGGCUUCAAGACAAAAAGGGCUCAAUCCGCCCAGGACUCGACGCAGAUCUAAUUUUCUUCGACCCUGAUGCCUCGUUCAUUGUCACACCUCAAGUUAUACGCUAUAAAAACAAGAUAAGUCCAUACAUGUACAGAGUAUUGACUGGGAAAGUGAUGCGGACAUAUUUGAGAGGUCAACUGAUAUACGCUGAUGACGAACUGAUCGAUGGACCUAAGGGCAAAAUGCUUCUCAACGAGGGUUUCUAGUCAUUUUUAAGUAAAAUGUUAGCUUGUAUCGUAUUAAAUAAAUUUAGUAAAACUUUGUACCUUAUUUUUUUCAUCCCA